AUGAGUCUGCAAGUCGUUGUAGGAUCUAUUACCUUUUUGCCUUGCGGAUACAAAAGACACCUUGUUUUCAAUCGGCCACAUGGUGCCGGUGCAAAGUUGCUAGAAAUCCUUCUGAUAGCCUUGCAUACCAUGCGAAUUGCUCGGCUUUUCAAGGCUUUCGCCACACAGUCGCAGCAUGUUGGGGGACAAAACUUCCCUCAUAGAACCUCGUUUACCAAAGCCCAGUCAAGAUUCUUCAUUGGUUUUAUUAUUGCAUACUUGCUGGCCUUAGCUUUCUUCCGAUAUCGUGUAUCCCACGAUCCUGGCUCGUAUUUCUUCACGGUCCAAGGCUAUGAACCGAAGUAUAGCUUGACAAGAGUGCAACAGGCACAAUCCUACUUGGAAAACCUUGACAAAUCCAGCCAAAACCAACCUGUCGGCAUUCAGCAUCAUGAAAAUAAGGCAAUACCACAGCUCUGCAUUGGCAUGCCGACUGCUAAACGUCCCAAAGAACAACACGUUAAUGUCGCUAUCGCUUCGCUGCUCGAUCACUUGACUCCACAAGAACGAGACCAGAUACAACUGAAUAUCCUCAUAGCGCACGCAAAUCCGCAAGAACAUCCUUUUCUUAAUAAUUCGGCCUCGGUUGUGAACGCAUCACAGCUGGCUGAUAAUGUUUUCACUUAUCACGACAUUGCAGGCGGAUCGCAAAUUAUAACCGAAGUUAUUCAAGACCUCGAGAAAGCGAAGCGAUACAAUGAAAAAUCCUUCUACGAUUACUCUCUCGUUUUGCAUCAAUGUUCUCAAUCUCAGGCGCCAUGGGUGCUGAUCUUGGAAGAUGAUACCCUCGCCCAGGAGGGUUGGUAUACACGAACGAUGGACAGUUUGCGGGAGCUUGAAAGGAAGCACAACGAUGGUAAUCGGGCAGAAGAUUGGUUAUACCUCCGUCUUUUCUAUACGGAGAAGUUCCUCGGUUGGAAUAGUGAAGACUGGCCGACGUACUUUUUCUGGAGUCUCCUGGCGGUCAUGUCAACGAUGGGUAUUGGCUUAUACUUCCGUCGUCUGUCUUCUCCAUCUUCUUCAUUGCCUUAUACCGCGCUGCCUUCCAAACAAUCAGACCCAGUCCCGAGCCCUAUACCCCUUUCAUUCAUAUUCUCCGUCAGCUUUUUAUGCGUUCCAGCCCUGAUCAUUCUAUAUUUUGCGGCGGGUCGCAUGACAGUCCAACCCCUUCCUGCCGGCAUCAAUGUCAUGAACAACUUCGGCUGCUGCUCACAAGCCCUUGCCUUUCCUCGGAACAUGUCGCUCAAGCUUUCACACUGGCUUGAGAAGAACAUCACCGCCACUACCCUCAAUCUACCGUCCAAUACUUUCACGGAUAACUCCUGGAAACAGGAUCAAGGCGCUGCUGUCGACAGCACAAUAGAGACGUUCGCUAACGAGCGGAACCUGCAGCGGUAUGCUUUAAUGCCCAGCGCAUUUCAGCAUGUCGGAGCAGAGACUCACAAACAGGGUAUAACGGCGGCACGUGAAUGGUUCAGUGUUAGCGGUGCACGAGGGAUAUGGAAUUUUGGCUUCGAGGAGCUGGGCUCAUCGCCAUGA